AUGGUUUCCAAUAUACCUAUCCACGGCCCUUCGGAUAAUGCAAACGAUAUUGAAAACAAUGGCUUGAGAGCGAUUGGACUGUCAAAAGGAGACGCUCGUAACGAGAAGAGACUGGAAAAUUUUGGUAUCUCAGUUAGCAACCCCGAGUUGAUCACCGUCAGAGGCCGCAGAAUGUCUGAACCUGAAAUCCGGUAUAACCGUGGACAUGUGAUAAAGAAAAGUAACUGGAACCUGGCACAUAUACAGCUCGCGGCUAAAACAGCUGAAAAACGCGGGCUGUGUGUAACCAUAGGGCUCGGAAAAGGUGAUGUAGCACGUCUCAAGAACACACUUCAGCAGCUCCGCGAUAUGUUGAAGGAAAAUGGCGUAUUCAUUACAACCCUGGAUUCUUCGAUAGUUGAAAUCACGAACAACAAGACCGAACUCGAGAGCAAACUCAGGGACGUGUUUGAACGCAAGGUUAAGAAGGUGGACUUUUUACUCGUGGUCUUAUCAAAGAAAGAAUCAUUUACUUAUAAUUGUGUCAAGAGACUUGGAGACAUAGAAUACGGUGUCCCAACUCUCUGUAUUUUUAAGAAUAACCUUGUUCCCAAACCCCCUCCUAAUAACUCCUCUUCGAGACCAUCCGGUAAUUCUUCUAGGAAUGCCCCUGGGGACACUCCCAGGAUCUCUGGGAAUCUCGUCGGAAACCUAGCUCUGAAGCUCAAUUUGAAGUUCAGCAACAACAACCAGAUUGUCAACUUAGCAAAGCUACGUGGUAAACUCAACCUACGAGAAACAAUGAUCGUAGGCAUCGACGUCACCCAUUCUCCAACCCCUGGCCAACCUAGCAUCGCGGGGAUGGUAGCCAGCAUUGACGAGAACCUCGGACAGUGGCCUGCCGUCUUGCGCCACCAGGACAAGCCGCGUGUCGAGAUGGUGACGCGCCUGGAAGAGAUGCUCGAGACUCGGCUUACGCUCUGGUGCUCGAGGCACAAAUCCUACCCCAAGAAUAUCAUCGUCUACCGCGACGGGGUAUCCGAAGGCCAGUACGAACUCGUUAUCAAAGAGGAACUCCCCAAGUUGAAAGAGGCAUGCAAAAAACUAUAUACCCCAGCACACAUGCCGAAGAUUACCAUCGUCGUCGUCGGCAAGCGACAUCACACUCGUUUCUACGCCGGAAUGCACAAGGGUAACCCGACUCCGGGAACAGUCGUCGAUCGCGGCGUUACAGAGGCUGUCAACUGGGACUUCUUCCUACAGUCGCAUAGACCAAUUAGAGGCACCGCCCGUCCGGCCCAUUACUUUGUCGUCCACGACGAGAUAUUCAAGGAUACGUUCAAAGGUGAAAAUGAAAAUGUGGCUAGCAUGUUAGAGGUUUUUACUCAUUCCCUAUGCUUCAUAUUCGGCCGGUCGACCAAUCCCGUUAGCAUAUGUACGCCGGCUUAUUAUGCGGAUAUUGCCUGCAGCCGUGCUCGUUGCUAUGUUGCUGCUGAUGUUGCUGCUGGUGCCACCGAUGCCGCAGCUCAAGUUUCUAGCUCGGCAUCAGAUGAACAGAAACCUCCUCCUGGCAGUAAUGGUCUUCUUCUUCAUCCAAAGAUGAAGGAUAGUAUGUUUUACAUUUAA